AUGUUGUGCCUAACGCGUCUGCGAGCCAACGUCAACAAGGUCGCCUUCAUGGAAAUGGUGAAGGAUCUUCGCUUUCGCACUGAGGCUCCGAUCGCGGAGUGCGGCGCCGCCUUAAAGGAGACCCACGGCGACGUGGAGAAGGCGAUGGAGGUGCUACGCAAGAAGGGAGCGGCAAGGGCGAUGAAAAAACGGUCGCGGGUGACGGAGCAUGGCUCUGUCGUCGCCUGCGUUGGGGGCCUGUUCGGUGCGGCGGUCAUUACUGUUUGCAGCGAGACGGAUUUUGCUGCACGUAGCGCCCAGUUCCAGAACACCUGUGCCAGGGUGAAGGUUGCACUGCAAAGGAAGAUCAUUGACAGCAAAGGCGAUGUCCUCACAAAUCCCACGGAAGCGCAUCGCUCCCUUGUGGAAGCGACAGCGGAGGACAUUCGAUCUUCUAUCGCUGUCUUGGGCGAAAAUGUUACAAUCAAAUCGGUGGAGUCGCUUCGACUGGCGCCGCAUGUGGCAGAGCACAUAUCCAUCGGUUCUUACACCCAUGGGUCGUUGGAUGUGCCGGAUGUUGGCCGGAUCGCCGGAGUUGUCGCCGUAAGCCGCCUCGACCCCACGAAGGAAGUGCAGGCGAGUACGCUUACGGAUGUUGCAAGGCACUUUGUAGCCUCUAGUGGUGCAGAGGGGAACUACGCCCACCAAAAUUUCUUUGGAACGGAGGAGACAGUGGGACAAUGGCUGAAACGCCAUGGUCUUUGCUUUAGCAGUAGCCUGGUGGUGGAUUUUGGCAAGGAGCCGAUAACACACACAGCUUCCCAGCCACGCAACGCCGUCAAGCAUCCUGAAGGUUGA